AUGUUCGACUACCCGCCGGCGCUGCGGUGGAACGCGAGCCACGACGCCUACGAUCUGACGUGCGGGUUGAACUUUGAGAACCACAGGUGCGGCCAGACUUUAGCGCAUCUGAAUAGUCGGCGGAGCGGUGAGGAGCUCAUGGCGAAGCUCCACCCCGAGUCGUCGACGCUGCGCCUGCGGUUCCCGCAGUGCACCGUCUUCCGCGUCGUCUCGAAUAUGUACUUCGGCGCUUUGUACCGGCCAAACGCGACACGGCCGUCCUUCGGCGACGUCGUUUCGCAUGUCGCGCGGCCGUCCGCGGCCGUCGCGGCGCGCGUGCGCGCGGCGACCACGGGCUGGGAGCCGGCGAACCACGCCGUGGCCGUGCACCUGCGGUCCUUCUUCAAGCCCGACCUCGACGCCGUCGCCGUCUGCCUCUGCCACGUCGUCGGCAAAACGAAAUACGAGGCGACGCGGAAUCAAAGCGACCCGCCUCCCGUGGUGAAGCAGGCCUGGCUCAUCUCCGACAGUGCGCGGCUCCAGCGCGACCUUCGGGACCUGCUCACGGCGCGCUGCGGCCUCGACGCGAAGCUCUCGGCGAACGCCUACAACCUCGCGGCCGGCGAGGACUCGCGCGCGCACCGGAAGGCGCCGGACAUCGUCGACGCGGCCUUCGACCACGCGCUCGCGCGGACGGCGCGCGUCUUCCUGGGAACGCCGGGUUCGAGCUUCUCGGACACGGCCGUGGGCCUCCACCCCAACGCGUCCAGGCUGAUCCUACCCGACUGCGCGCUCAUCCCCGCGCGGGACCACGCGCCACCGAACCACAAGUGGUGCCGCCAGGUAAUCUGA